AUGCAGAUUCUUUCAGAUUUAAGGUUGUUACACCUGGUGGAACGUAAUCGUUUCAGAUUUUGUCCCACCAACAAAGUAUCAAUGAACAAACCUCUGAAUGAAGAUGAUUUCGCUGCGAUGGAGCAGCAGCUCAGAAAUAGCGUGGAAGAAGACAGAAGAUACUGGCAAGUCAACGACGUCAAAUGUGACGCCAUACAUACUGCCAAAACUUACGAGGAGUUUGCAGAUCGAGUAGCUGCAGCUCAUUUGAGGCCUUUAGAGAAAAGUGAUUAUAAAAAGAAGAGCACAAGAGGUUGGAAUCAGUAUGCCUCUAAAGAUAAAAAUGAUGAAUAAAUCUAAAUAAAUAAAG